UCCCCAUACCGGCAGCGCAGCACAAGUGACAGGUAGGACGGUCUGUCCCCGUUUCGACUGGCCAGGAUCCGGUAACAGGCAAAGCGCCUUAAUUGUUACUGGAGCAGGCAGAAUAGCAGCUCAUAGACAUAUAAUAAUGUAUGGUACAGGAUCAUUUAUAUAGCCUAUAUUACAGAGGCUGUAAAACUAAUCAAUUUCUAAAGAAUGGAAACUGGAAAUUGUGAGCUACCAUCGCCUGUCUCAUUGCACCGAGAAAUAAAAGAAACUGGUCCAGUUAUAUGUACUGAAUAGUAUACGAAUAAUCCGAUUAUGCGUUUACGGUUUACCAUCGGUGGUUUCCUUACAUAUUCAUUAUAAUCUCUAAAACAUACUUUAACGCACAUAAUCCAAAAGUUAGACAAUCGCACCUGGCAAUUAAGUUGCCAGUCGGGUGCGCGCCAGCAUGGCUUUUGAAACCCUGAGAUCCGUUAUCUAUAAAGCGAAUUUAUCGUUUUCUCCCUAUUUCCUGUUUUUGGAGCCAGUUGUUUCUUGCGCUCGUCGUCGCGCUAAAUACCCAGCAGAGGCGGCGUGUUUCUCUCUAAAGGACGCGGCUGAUAGUUGAUUAAAUUGAUCGCCCGCGGUUGUUUCAUUCGGGAUGUUUAUUAAGAAUGCUUUCCGUGCCCUUUCCGGGGCCACCUUGACCUUUUUUAUAAUCCUGCUCUUGGACUUACAACUGCGGACACGGAAACCCCCAAGGCCCUAUGGUGCGUCUCUCCGAGGCGGCUUCGCGCAUCCCCGGCGGAACGCGGAGUCCCACCCGGAGGGGAUACCAGGUCUGCGGUGGGGUCAUCAGAGCUCGGACAAGCCCCCCCAGGCCCUAAGUAAGAACAGUUUGGAUUCUGCCAACUCAAACCUACAGCUCAAAGACAUCUUCAUCGCGGUGAAGACCACUGGCAGAUUUCACCGCACUCGCCUGGCUCUGCUGUUGGACACCUGGAUUUCCAAGACCAAGGAGCACACCUACAUCUUCACAGACACCCGGGAUGAAGAGUACAGCUUGAAAGGGUUUAACAUCGUCAUCACUAACUGCUCGCCCGAGCACAGUCACCAGGCGCUGUCCUGCAAGAUGUCCGCAGAGUACGACGCUUUCAUGGCCUCCGACAAAAAAUGGCUGUGCCACGUGGAUGACGACAACUACAUGAACCCAAAGGCGCUGCUCCCCCUGCUGGCUGCCUUCCCACCCAACAGCGACAUCUACGUGGGCAAACCCAGCUUGGACCGGCCAAUCAGAGCCCACGAGCUUCUGGAAAACAAUCAGACGGUGGGUCGCGUGGCCCCUGCUUAAGUGUUGUGGCGGCCCGUUGUGUGGUGGGAAACGUGAGCCUGUGAUUGCUGUCUCAUCACCGGUCGAUCUCCGCGUACCUGUCAGACGCCCCCGACUAUGUCACUGCUCUUCAAAGCGGAUAUUUGGAUUCCAGCUUGGUUAUUUUUCUUCCUCUGUGAUGGAUAGACUGGGCCGCCUGCCUGUCUUUGGUUAAUGCCUCCAGGUACUGUUGUUAAUGGUGCCCCUCACAGGAAUGACAGAUUUAGAAUAUAAACAGAUAAGUCAAUGGUACACUAUAUUGCCAAAAGUAUUGGGACACCUGCCUUUACACACACGUGAACUUUAAUGACAUCCCAUUCUUAAUACAUAGGCUUUAAUAUGGAGUUGGCCCACUCUUUGCACCUAUGACAGCUUCAACUCUUCUGGGAAGGCUGUCCACAAGGUUUGGGAGUGUGUUUAUGGGAAUUUUUCCAGGAGAGCAUUUGUGAGGUUAGGCAUUGAUGUUGGAUGAGAAGGCCUGGCUCACAGUCUCUGCUCUAAGUCAUCCCAAAGGUGUUCUAUUGGGUUGAGGUCAGGUCGCUGUGCAGGCCUGUCAAGUUCCUCCAGACCAGGCUCGUUUAUCCAUGUUCUUAUUGACCUUGGUUUGUGCACUGGUGCACAGUCAUGUUGGAACAGGAAGGGGCCAUUUGGUCAAACUGUUCCCACAAAGUUGGGAGCCAAACCUAGACUCAUCCAUUGGAUUUCCAGGCGCAGAAGCUUCAUUCAUCACUGCAUAGAACACGUCUCCACUGCUCUAGAGUCCAGUGGCGGCAUGUUUUACACCACUGCAUCUGAUGCUUUGCAUUGCACUUGGUGAUGCAAGGCUUAGAUGCAGCUGCUCGGCCAUGGAAACCCAUUCCAUGAGGUUCUCUAUGCCCUGUUCUUGAGCUGAGGGCCGCAAGAAGUUUGGAGGCCUGUAGCUAUCGACCCUGCUGUCAGGUGGUGACUACUGCACUCUGUGCGCCUCAGCAUGCGCUGCCCCCACUCUGUGAUUUUACAUGACCUACCACUUCGUGGCUGAGUUGCUAUUAUUCCCAAAUACAUCCAUCUUUGUUAUAAUAUCAUUAACCGUUGACCGUGGAAUAUUUAGCAACGAGGAAAUGUCACAAAUGGACGUAUUGCACCGGUAGCAUCCUGUCACGGUACCAUGCUUGAAUUCACUGAGCUCCUGAGAGCAACCCAUUCUUUCACAAAAGUUUGUAGAAGCAGUCUGCACGCCUAGGUGCUUGAUUUUAUACACCUGUGGCUAUGGAAGUGAUUGGAACACCUGAAUAUAAUGAUUUGGAGGGGUGUCCAAAAACAUUUGGCAAUAUAUUGUAACUUGGUGUUUUACUUGGAGAUUUUUACAAUAGACACACAGUGGUUCUGACUCUGCGCCUGUUGUGUUUAUUGUCGAAUCUCCAAGUUAAUCAGAAGACAGCACUGCUUUGCCCUCCCCCCCCCACAAUGUUCUCCCAU